AUUAGGGAGAGGAGUAGCGUUUAAAAAUGCGUUGCCAAAUUUCUAUAGCUUCCCAUUUCCCAAAAAUACAGACAUAUUCUAUCACUCAUCAAUCAUCAUCAUUCAUCUGCUCACAAGCUCAACAAAAAAAACUACUGUAGUUUGCAGUUUCACUCUGUAUCACAAAACUCCAUUGAAACCUCUGUUGACUUUCUCUACUUUGAUAUUCGUGCGAUAUAUACUACUAUUUUACCAGUAUUCAUCUAUAAUACUCCUAUAUAGUACGCAUUAUUUGAUUAUUUCAUUCUUUAAUUUACUUCGAUCAUACUUCUAUAUGAAUGACAAAGACCUACAUAUCAUCUCAACAUAUUUUCUUAUUCCUUGGAAGUUGGAAGAAUUCCAUUUUUUGAGUCUGAAGAGAAAAGAAAGCUUAUAAGCUAUGCAAGUGAUGAUGGAGAAUCUUUGGACUAUAUUUUGUGGGAAAUCUAAUUGUUCCAAUAUCAAUAUUGAGCCUUGUGUUCCUCACUUAGUGUCUGUUACUCAUCCUUCUUCAUGUGUCAACCAUGCCACCAUCAUUUGUUUUGAUGUGCUGGUUCUGGCAGUGCUCUUUUUUAGCACGAUUUCGAAGUCGUUCUCCAAGAGAGUCGAGCUACUAGCUCGCUAUAGACGCUUUUCAACCUUGCAGAUAUCGUCAGCUGUUUUUAGUGGCUGUUUGGGACUGGUGUACGUAGGCUUAGGAACUUGGAUCUUAGAGGAAAAGCUGAGAAAUGGCCAUUCUGCUUCACCAAUUCAUUGGUGGGUCUUAUAUAUAUUUCAUGGAUUUACCUGGAUGAUGGUGGGUUUAACAACUAGCCUUAGACGAGAGUACUUUCAAAGAGCUUCAAGGCGGAUCUUGUCCAUCUUUCUGUUCCUCUCUUCUGGGAUUUUUUUCUUUUUCACUCUUUUUGCUGCCAUAAUUGACCAUGAAACAACAGUUAAAGUGGUUUUGGAUAUCCUAUCUUUCCUAGGAGCAAUUUUACUUCUAUUAUGUACUUAUUUGCGAAACAAAAGUGAAGAUGUGGAGAAUGACAGUGGAAGUACUCUCUACACUCCUCUGAAUAAUGAGAUUAAUGGAAACUCGAAAGUUGAUUCUUCCACCCAAGUCUCUGCAUUUGCCAAAGCUGGGUUUUUUAGUAGGUUGACAUUCUGGUGGUUGAAUCCUUUGAUGAAAUUUGGUAAGCUGAAGACUCUUGAGGAAGAGGACAUUCCUUUAUUAGAGGAUGAAGAUAGAGCAGAAUCUUGUUACUUACAGUUCGUGCACCAGUUUAAGAAACAGUAUCAGGACGAAGUGUCUUCACAAUCAUCAGUGUUGUGGACUAUUGCUGCGUGCCAUCGUAAUGAUAUACUGCUUUCUGGGUUCUUUGCUUUUAUGAAGGUAGUCACUCUUUCGGCUGGACCUCUUCUGCUAAAUGCCUUUAUUGAGGUUGCCGAGGGAAAAGAAGCUUUCAAACAUGAAGGCUAUCUUUUGGCCAUUUUACUCUUUAUUUCUAAAAGCUUAGAAUCGCUGUCACAGAGACAGUGGUAUUUCAGAAGCAGACUGGUCGGCCUUAGAGUGAGGUCCAUGCUUACUGCAGCAAUAUACAGGAAACAACUAAGAUUAUCAAAUGCUGCCAGGAUGAAUCAUUCUGGUGGCGAGAUAAUGAAUUAUGUCACUGUUGAUGCCUACAGGAUUGGCGAGUUUCCUUUCUGGUUUCAUCAGACAUGGACUACAAGCCUUCAGCUUUGCAUUGCAUUAUGUAUUUUGGUACACGCAGUAGGACUUGCAACGAUAGCAGCACUAACUGUGAUUGUUUUAACCGUUAUUGGCAAUACCCCCAUUGCGAAAUUACAACAUAAGUACCAAAGUAAGCUUAUGAUUGCUCAAGAUGCGAGGCUGAAGGCUUGCUCUGAAGCUCUUAUGAACAUGAAAGUACUGAAAUUGUAUGCAUGGGAGACUCACUUUAAGGAUGUAAUAGAAGGUUUGAGGAAAGUGGAAAUUAAAUGGUUAUCAGGACUGCAGUUGCAGAAAGCAUAUAAUGGUUUUCUCUUUUGGUCAUCCCCUGUACUGGUCUCUGCUGCUACAUUUGGGGCAUGUUAUUUACUCAAAGUUCCUCUACAUGCCAGCAAUGUUUUCACUUUCGUGGCAACAUUGCGUCUUGUGCAAGACCCUAUCAGAGCUAUCCCUGAUAUCAUUAGUGUGGUAAUCCAAGCAAGGGUCGCAUUUACACGUAUUGUGAACUUUCUUGAGGCGCCAGAGCUUCAGAGUGAAAUUGUAAAAAAGAAACUCGGUAUGGGCAGCAUAAACCAUGCCGAACAUGCUGUUUUGAUGAGGUCUGCAAAUAUUUCAUGGGAAAUGAAUCCAUCAAAACCAACACUUCGCAACAUAAAUCUAGAAGUUCGACCUGGUGAAAAGGUCGCUAUAUGUGGAGAGGUUGGCUCAGGCAAAUCAACAUUACUAGCAGCAAUUCUUGGAGAAGUACCAUAUAUGGAGGGAACUGUUGAAGUUUAUGGGAAGAUCGCUUAUGUUUCUCAGACAGCUUGGAUCCAAACAGGGACUAUACGUGAUAAUAUACUUUUUGGGUCUGCCAUGGAUGAGCUAAGGUACCAAGAAACUCUUCGGAGGUGCUCAUUAGUGAAGGACCUUGAGCUUCUUCCUUUCAGAGAUAUGACACAAAUUGGGGAACGAGGAGUGAAUCUAAGCGGUGGCCAGAAGCAACGAAUCCAACUUGCUCGUGCAUUAUACCGAGAUGCUGAUGUAUAUCUUUUAGAUGAUCCAUUCAGCGCCGUUGAUGCACAUACAGCAACUAGCCUCUUCAAUGAAUACAUCAUGGAAGCACUUUUGGAAAAAACUGUCUUACUUGUUACUCAUCAAGUUGAUUUUCUUCCUGCAUUUAAUUGCUGUUUGCUGAUGUCAGAUGGGGAGAUCCUUCACUCAGGACCUUAUAACCACUUAAUGUCUUCUAGUCAGGAAUUUGUGGAACUUGUAAACGCGCACAAAGAGACUGCUGGUACUGAGAGGCUAGCUGAGGUUAAGGCAUCUGAGAGAAUCAGCUAUCCAGCAAAGGAGAUAAUAAAAGCUGAUAUGGAGAAGCUACAUAGACAAUCAGAAGGUGAUCAACUGAUUAAACGAGAAGAAAGGGAAACGGGAGACAGUGGUCUUAAGCCAUACUUACUCUACCUUCAUCAGAACAAAGGCCACUUAUACAUUUCUAUAGCUGCUAUCUGUCAUCUUAUCUUUGCUGCUGGCCAGAUAUUACAGAACGUUUGGAUGGCCUCCAGUGUCGAUAAUCCUCAAGUCAGCACUUCCAAAUUGAUUGUGGUGUACCUCAUUAUUGGAGUCUGCUCGACAUUCUUUUUACUCAUUAGAUCUCUUGCUGCUGUUACAUUAGGCUUUAAAGCAUCAACGUCUUUAUUUUCUCAGUUGUUGGCUUCUCUCUUUCGUGCUCCAAUUUCUUUCUAUGACUCUACACCACUAGGGAGGAUACUAAGUCGGGUGUCUUCUGAUUUGAGCAUUGUCGAUCUGGACGUUCCUUUCAGCUUUCUCUUAUCGAUGGCGGUUACUAUGAAUACAUAUGCUAAUCUAGGAGUUCUGGCUGUUAUCACUUGGCAAGUGUUGUUUGUCUCGAUACCAGUGCUUUACAUGGCAAUACAAUUGCAGAGAUACUAUUAUGCGACAGCAAAGGAAUUGAUGAGAAUCAAUGGUACAACCAAGUCUGUGGUUGCAAACCAUUUAGCUGAAUCUAUAGCCGGAGCGAUGACAAUUAGAGCUUUUGAAGAGGAAGAUUGGUUCUUUUCUAAGAAUCUCGAUAUAAUCGAUGCAAAUGCAAGCCCUUUCUUCCACAAUUUUGCAGCUAAUGAAUGGCUAAUUCAGAGGCUUGAGAUUCUUUGUGCCAUUAUUCUCGCAGCAGCAGCGUUGUGCAUGGUUUUGCUUCCCACUGGAACUUUUAGCUCUGGGGUUAUCGGAAUGGCGCUAUCAUAUGGUCUUUCAUUAAAUAUGACUAUGGUUUUUGCAAUCCAAAACCAAUGUACAUUAGCGAACUACAUCAUUUGCGUGGAGAGGCUUAAUCAAUACAUGCAUAUACCCAGUGAAGCUCUAGAAGUCAUUGAACACAGUCGGCCUCCAGAAAACUGGCCUACAGUUGGUAAAGUGGAGAUAUGCAAUCUACAGAUUAGAUACAGACCAGAUACACCACUGGUUCUUAAAGGAAUCAGUUGCACUUUUGAAGGGGGAGACAAAAUCGGCAUUGUUGGUAGGACUGGCAGCGGGAAAACUACUCUAAUAGGGGCUUUGUUUCGCUUGGUGGAACCAACUGGAGGGAAGAUCAUAGUUGAUGGUAUUGAUAUAUCUUCGAUAGGACUUCAUGAUCUACGAUCACGUGUUGGAAUUAUUCCACAAGAUCCUACUCUCUUUAAUGGCACUGUGAGAUUCAACUUGGAUCCAUUGUGUCGGCAUAAUGAUGACGAACUUUGGGAGGUCCUUGGGAAGUGUCAACUCAAAGAGGUUGUCCAAGAGAAAGAGCAAGGCCUAGAUUCCUUAGUUGUGGAGGAUGGAUCAAAUUGGAGCAUGGGACAGCGGCAACUAUUUUGUCUAGGCCGUGCUUUGCUGAGAAGAAGCAGAGUUUUGGUGCUCGAUGAAGCAACUGCGUCAAUCGACAAUGCAACCGACAUGAUUCUGCAGAGAACGAUACGAACGGAAUUUGUAGAUUGCACUGUGAUCACAGUAGCCCACAGGAUACCGACCGUGAUGGAUUGUACAAAGGUCCUUGCCAUUAGUGAUGGUAAAUUGGUGGAAUAUGAUGAGCCUAUGGAGCUUAUAAAGAAGGAUGGUUCACUGUUUGGCCAACUCGUGAAGGAAUAUUGGUCACAUUCAAACUCUGCAGAACAGUCACACUGAAGUCUGAACCAAAGCCAGCAGCAACACCAGUCUGUAGAUUUAUGUAUUUGGCCUAUGACACUCAAACCCGUACUCGAGUACCCAUGUCAAACAAUGUGUCCAACUGACAUGCUCAACUAUUUCAUUCUCCAUAUUUUUGGUCCGAAAUUAUGAAUGACAUGUCCGUACUCAUAUUUGAGAUGAGAAUUGACAUGGGUACUUGAAGAGAAAUGGAGAGUCCGAGCAACAUAAAUUUUGGCCUCACUAUUGAACUACUCAAAUAAGAAUUUUGUAACUGUGUAGUAAACUUGUAUAUAUUUAACCGAGUUUAUCUGAAUUCUUGAAACUGUAAACUUUCCAGGAUUUGUUAUAAAAGUAGAUGUGAAUUGAACUUGA